AUGGAUUCGAAGUUAGGUCGAAACGAGUCCAAAACAGAAUCAAAGCGGAGGAAACCGACAAUGGAAAAUCAUCGAUUUAAUUCCGAGGUUUAUUCCAUCCCCCCCGUACCCGCCCCCUCGGGAAAGCUCUUGGCCUUUUUGUCGAAUUUUCCGGACGGUCUCCGCGUUUUUCCGCGACGCACUUUCAAGGCGAGGAAUCCUCCGAUUUACUGGAGAUGGAUAGCCGGGAAAUCUGAUGGAGAUGAUGCGGGGUUUAAUGGAGAGGAAGCUCCUGAAUCUACUGAAGAAGGAUUAAUUGUUGAAGAAUCUACUGGAGAAGAAUCCAUUACAAAAGCAUCUACUGGAGAGUCUACUCUCGAAAGUACCAAGAGCACCAAGACCACCAAGAGCACCAACAGCACGACCAGGAGCACCAAGAGCAUCACCAAGAGCACCACCAAGAGCACCACCAAGAGCACCACCAAGAGCACCACCAAGAGCUCCAAGAGCACCGUAAAGUAA